CCUGCCCACCCGGUUCACGACCCGGUUCAAAAAGAACUGAAGUGAACUGAAGCAGCAGAAGAGAGAGGACCCUAGUUUUGGCGGUAAUGCCAAACACACACUGAUUUACACACCAAAGCUCAAAUACCCAGAAACUACUCAGGGGUUUAACCAAUGGGAGAAGAAGAAGAGCAGCAACACCUAUCCAAUUCGCCUAACCCAGAUACCGAAAUUACCGAAAACCCAAGCCACCAGCAGCAAGAAGAAGAGUACUCAUCAUGGCCGGCGAUUCGGUUCGAUGUUCCUCCACAGAGAACCUACCACUUCUCCCAGCAGUUCAGAACUCCCUCAAAACCUAACAAUUUUCUCAAGGCCGUCAAAUGGUCGCCGGAUGGUUCUUGCUUUCUCACCAGUUCUGAGGACAACACCCUCCGUGUUUUCGCAAUACCGGAAAGUGGGAAUGAAUAUGUUAACGGCUAUUCUGCGCCUUCUGAUGAAGACUCCUAUGCUGCGAGCCUUGUUAUCAAUGAGGGAGAGUCGGUAUAUGACUAUUGUUGGUACCCUUACAUGUCUGCUUCAGACCCAGUUACCUGUGUUUUCGCAAGUACAGCUCGUGAUCAUCCGAUUCAUCUUUGGGAUGCUUCUUCUGGUCAGCUACGUUGCACGUACCGUGCUUAUGAUGCUGUGGAUGAAAUCACAGCUGCCUUUUCAAUUGCCUUUAAUCCCAGUGGAACAAAGAUUUUUGCUGGAUACAACAAACUAGUCAGGGUGUUUGAUUUACAUCGCCCUGGUAGAGAUUACAACCAGUAUUCGACGGUUCAAGGAAAUAAAGAAGGCCAAACAGGUAUAAUGUCUGCAAUGGCUUUUUCUCCAACCCAUAAUGGAAUGCUAGCUAUAGGCUCUUACAGCAAGACUACUGCAAUAUAUAGAGAAGAUAAUAUGGAACUUUUAUAUGUAUUACAUGGACAUGAAGGUGGGAUUACACAUGUCCAGUUCUCAAAGGAUGGAAAUUACUUGUAUACUGGAGGUCGGAAGGAUCCUUAUAUACUAUGCUGGGAUAUACGCAAAUCUGUUGAUGUUGUCUACAAGUUAUAUAGGUCUGCAGAACAUACCAACCAGCGGAUUCUGUUUGAUAUUGAGCCACUUGGCCGCCAUCUUUGUACAGGUGGUCAGGAUGGUUUUGUUCAUAUAUAUGAUCUUCAAACUGGACAAUGGGUGUCCGGCUUCCAAGCUGCAUUGGAUACUGUUAAUGGAUUCUCUUUUCAUCCCUUUCUGCCAAUGGCUACAACUUCUUCGGGCCACCGAAGAUUUCUUCCUCCUGAUGAUGGCAUUGACGAAUUGCAUUUGAGUGGUCAUGAAAAUUGUGCUUCUGUGUGGAGUUUCUCUGUUGCUUCAAUGGAAGAGAACGUUGUUGAAAUUAAUGGCGAUGAUCACAACAGCCAGAACCGGCUCCAGAAUCUGUAGCCUAGCUGCUGUAUCCCAUCUAACAAAUCAUCUGAUAGAAGCUAAAAGGAAUAUAAUUUGCAUUGGUGUACACUAAUUGAAUAUGAAGUUUCUUUCAGUCGGAUAGAAAAUGUGUUCAAGCUUUGCAUCCCAUAUGUGACCCAAAUUUGAGCUCAAUUUUGAGGGGACUAUCGUCUAUCUAUCCCUGUGAAAACCUUUGUCUGGUUGAAUUAAAGUCAAUUAACUUUUUUUUUU